AUAUAGAGUUCAUAAAUGGUGGUGCGCAGUUUAUAUCGGAGUCGGGACACAGAAUCAGACUCGCGUUGAAAAUAAAAUAGAAUCUCGUAAAAUAGCCCAUUUGAAACAAUAAAAUAUUACUGUGCGUCUUAAACCUGUAUAAAAAAGUGAAAAAGGGUGUCAAGCAAAACAAAAAAUAACACAAAAAAAAACGGAAGACUCUCAUUUCGCAAACAACUUAUCGGUUUCAUCAAGUUAGCGAAAAAAAAAUUGUCUCCAAUUCUGCUGUUGACUGGACUUUUCCCGCCCCAAUAUCCAGUUUUUGACGUUUCUCUGUAUUUAAAAUGCAAAUAGUGCCUGGUUAACAGCCGUUGACUAAAGACGAGUUUUCGAUAAUAAUUUAACCAAAUAGAAAAGACAACAAUUUGUAUUUUAUUGAUUUUGUUGUAUAGAAAAUUCAUCAUAAAAAAAAUGGUCUGUAAAUCGAAUUGGCUGUGUGCCAUUGCCUUUUUAUUGGCCGUUUCAGUUCAAAGUCAAGCACAAAGCAAUGCAGCGGACAAGAGUACAACCAACAGAUCGCCAGCUCCAAGUGAAAUUGUUGCAGAGGAAGUUGUUGUUGAAUCAAGUUUAAAUGUUCGCCCGAAACAAUCAUCACAUCGUCGGGUACGUGAAGUAUUUGCCUUUCUAACACCAAAUUUGCGUUCUAAGCGUCAGUUCGGUCCAACUCAAAGUUAUUAUCCAAAUCAAAAUUAUCAAAUUUAUCCUCAUAAACAAUCAAGUUCCCAAGCAACAGCACAAUCAAAUUCACAUAGUCAUAGUAAUGGUCCAAGCGGCGUUCAAGAUGCCAAUGCUUUAGCUAAUGCUCAAGCUUUCCAAGCUUCAGGUUUUGGAGCAACUGCAAAUAAUGCCGUAACUAAUACACUUAGCAUCGGACCAAAUGGUUCAUCGGGAGGUAAUGCAAAUUCAGGCGGACAAACGUAUACUUUACCAAAUGGACAAACCCUCAACAUUGCAUAUAGCAACGGCAAUAGUUUUGGGCCAAAUGGAUUGUCUAGCACAAGCCAGGGAAACUCGAUUGCAUUCAACGGAAAAUAGGACCAAAAAAUUUCCAAAUAACUCAAAUAAUUGAUAAAUUAAAGCAAUUUAUAAAAACCGAUCAAAAUUAUUUCUUUAAUUGUUUGAGACAAAUUUAAUAAAGCUUCAACUUGAA